UUCUGGUGGAGGCUGCACAGUGCACAGCACAACACUAAUGUUUUCUGUGUAGCUAUAAUUUGCUAUCUGCAGAUUAGAAAUUUCCGCACCUUUCUAUAAGAAUUUUGCUAUUUUAUUCAUGGAAAAUUAUCGAGAAUUUUUCAAUAGAUGUCAAAGUAGCUAGUAUUAACCAUACGAAGAAAUUUUAGGAGUCAAAAGGAAUUUGCAUUGAAAAUGGAAGACGCGGUACAAACUAAUAAAUCUUCAUUAGCCGAAGCAACAAGGCAAGAAAAACAGAAAGACAUAGAGAGUGCCAGGUCCAAGAUAAAUGAAAUGCGAAACAAAUACGACCUCAUGCGGAAACGCAAGCUGGACGACGAUGUUCAAAUUAUUGGAGAUGACAAAGCUGAAGUUUCGAUAGAUGGUGAGCAGGCUACAAAGGAUGAAGAGGAUGCGAGUCCUACAAAGAAGGCAAAGUCUGACGAAGUGUCCGCCUCUGUGACCUCAAAGCUCCCAAGCUUUUCAUCUCUUGUUGAGACACCUCUGUACCAGCCGGUUGUGCAACCAGAAGUCCUGGAAAUGCACAAUGAAAAACGAAGCAGAGAAAUUGAGAUUGUUGAUCUUGACGAUGAAAAGUCGACACCACCCAGAAACAAUCGAGAAAAGGAUAAAAAACAACUGGAUUCUCUUGCUGGUCUCAGUCAGAUCACUGAACAUAAAAAAGGCGAUCUUGGCAAAUCUCUUGUUAAGAUUACAUUUUCUGACCAAACAGUUGCUGAUUCAUUUAGCAAAGCUAUCAAGGAGGCAUUGAUCCAAAUACUUUCUGCGCCCAGUGCCACUGAAUGCAGUAAUUCAAGAGGAUCUGAAAAACUUGAAAUCAUAAUUAGAGAAUCCGACUUGAACGAAGAAGUCACUCGACUUGAGGGCCAAAUUUUUACUUUGGACACAGAACCAAUAACAGCUGCCCUGCGAUGGCAAGUGCCUUCAUAUCAGCAGUCUUUUAAAACUAUCGACGGUCAAAUUGGUGAACAAGAGGAAGAAGAAAAAAAAUCUGGAGGCUCGUGCUUCAACUGCGACGGAAAACAUUUAAUCAGUGAAUGUCCGAAGCCAAUAGAUGAGAAGGUUGUCUCAGAACGAAGGGCCAAAUUCAUGUCCGAGAGGCGGUCGAAUCAAACCAUGAGGACUAGCCGGUACCACAUUGACGAGGAGCAAAAGUUUUGCGACCACCGUCCUGGCCACCUGAGUGAGGAAUUGCGAAUGGCACUAGGUCUUCGCCCCAACCAGCUGCCUAUACACAUUUAUCGCAUGAGAGUUUUUGGGUAUCCACCUGGAUGGCUCGAAGAGGCUAAGGUCAGCCAUUCUGGGAUCUCUUUAAUCGAAGACUCAGCAUCACAAUCCAAUGAAGCAGAAGAAACCCAAGGUGAUGCAUAUGAUGUCAGCAAAAUUGUUGAUUACCCUGGAUUUAAUACCCAUUGCCCGAGAGGAACCUUUGAUGAGAGUAGAAUGUUGGGAAUGCCACCAAUGGACUGGAAUUUCAGCAAGGAUGCCAUGGUUCAAAUGAUUGGUGGUAACCAGUCAAAGCCCUACGUGACAAAGAAGCUAGAAAACAGAAAAAGUAAUAGUGGCUCUGAAGUUAAAAAUGAUGACAUGGAUAUUGAACGGCUUGACGAUGAAGUGGUCAUUUUGGAUAGUGUUGGAGCCAGUAACUCUGAUGAAUCUCCAGAAUCCCCUGUUGAGAUCCCCCAGACUGCUGUUGAACAAAAACCUGAUUCACCAGACUUGGAGAUUUUGGAGGCCAACAAACUAAUGAUAUUGGACGAGUUGAAUGUGGGUGUGGUAAAAGACCAAUCCCCACCCAAAUCUCCAGAGCCCAAUAUUGACAACUCUGUGGUCUCUGUGUGUGCUACGCCUGAGCCAUCAAUAGGUAGGAGUAUGUCGACAGCUCUUGGGACACCAGUCGUUGAAAGUUGGACUCCUUUUGAAAAACUUCCUACCGCCGAAAAGUUUUCACAAGGCGUCAGCGAACAUUUGAAUUUUGAAAACUUGCCCGGUGCAACUGGCAAAUAUGAAAAGAUGAAAGGCAUCAUCAACAAGGUCAGGAAGACUAUGAACUGUUUGAACAAUGAAGCUCACUUUGCAUGAAAUCGGUACUGUUUGAAGAGUCCUCCAUUGGGGUCAGAAGUUGAAAGUAAUUUUGCAAACAUGCUGUUAUUUUGAUGAGAUCGUAAUAAAGUAUGAACAUAACAUUUUUAUCCUUUAAA